AUGGCUGCCAGUUCUACCCCUUCCGAUAAACUUCAGUCGUCAUUAGAUGGAAUGUGCACUUCGGAUAAAUACAAAGGUUUUUCCAGCGAUGUGGGGGAUAGUGCACCAUCCCCGUCUACAACGCAAGUGGAGAGCUUUGACGAAGAGAAUGCUCCUUACGGAGCGUCAGGAGAGGAUCAAGAAGGUUCCGCCUCUGACGAUGGAAAUGUCAACAUAUUUAAAUGCGCCUUUAACAUAUUCAAAGGAAACGUCGGAAGUGCCGUGUUUCUACUCCCGACAUUUUACAAGGACGCAGGCUAUAUUUUGUCUCCGAUAAUUGGAUUGACGAUGGGGUCGUGUGUCGUGGAUUGUUCUCGCCUGCUUCUUCGUGCAAAGCGUAUUGUGAAUAAACGGGAUGUCACGAAUUAUUCCCAGUUAUGUCAGUUUGUUCUUGGGACUCCUUUUCGAUAUCUCCUUCUUCUGGUGCUUCUUUUGACGCAAUUCGGGUUUUGUUUGUUAUAUCUUCAGUUGUUCGGGGGCUCCAUGUUGAAUCUCGUUUCACGGUUUACGGGGGAUCAAUACAUCUGGAUGACUGUCAUGUUUGUGGUUGUUCUUCCAGUUUCAUUUUUCAGUGACAACUUGUCGUUCCUGGCGUUAAUUUCUAUGGUAGCGACUGUUUGUGUGUUUUUUGCGCUCCUCACCACUGCCGUUCAGACGUUUAUGAAACUUCACCGUGAAGGUAUCGAUCCAACUACUCAUCCAGUGGGAACUGAUGUCCCUUUUGGAUGGUUUAAUAACAUGGCGAACAAUAUGAUGAUUCUUGAAGGUAUUGGUGUUGUUUUGCCUGUGGAGAAUGCGUGUAACAACAAACGCCGCUUUCCAUUUAUGGUCACAGUUGUUUUGUAUGUGGUUGUCGCAUGGUACUUGUUAUAUGGCCUUUCAGGUUAUCUAGCCUAUGGAGAUAACCUUACAAUAUCACUUGUUGAUGCACUGCCCCAUGACACCUUGUCGACAGUAGUUCGUGUUGCCUUUACAAUGAACAUACUGUGCACAUAUCCUAUUCUUUUCAUGCCGGGAAUUCUGCAACUUGAUUCCGUUCUGGGAUGGCGACCACGGUCGUGGAAAGGGAUUCUAAUGCGUGUUCUGAUCAGUCUUGUUAUUUACGGUAUUGCAAUGGGUGUGGGAACAGGUGCAGUUAACACUGUUGUUUCUUUUAUUGGGGCGCUUCCAGCAACAGUCAUGAUAAUGAUACUUCCACCUCUACUUUCACUAUCUGUGGAAUCAAGUGUGGAGGACCCUGGUGCUUCGCGGACAGCGUGGAAGUACUGGCGUCGCAAUUUGUUUGGCAAGCCACUUACUUUUAUGCGAGCGCGCUCCUACUUCUAUAUUUGCUGCGGUAUUGUGAUUAUGGUUGUGGGAACUUUCAGUGUAUUGAAAGGAAUUGUGUAG